UAAGAAAAUUUGGAUUUCUUUUGUAGUUUUUCAGUUGUGUGGAAUGUGGUAAAGAUGGACUAUUUAUAGCGGAAUAUCGCCAAGAUGGACCGUUUGGAUAGAGAGACAAUAUCAAGUGCCAUCACAAUAAAGACAGACACUGGUAGUAAGGUACUUCCUGGUGACAAACGAGGCCUGCCAUAUGAAAUAUGGGCCAUCAUUCUGUCAUACCUCUCGGCCGAAGAUUUAUGCAGAAGUGCAAUGGUGUGCAAAACCUGGCAUGAAGUUGUGUUGAGUUUGGACAGCACCAAAUGGCGGGACUUGUACCUGCUGAGCACAAGUUGGCGGCACCCGUACUGGCCUCUCAACCUCAGCUCGCAUCCUCACUCAUGGCGACAAGCUUAUAAAGAACAGUAUAUAUCUUCCAUUUUCUGGACGCAAAUAGACAAAAGUCCUGCUUCGGUGACAUGCAUGUCGGUUUUCAAACGUACAAAACUUCGUAAAACUAUCACUGUUGGUGUUGGAAAAGAAUACGAAACACUGAAAGGUGCUCUUGCUGUCGCUAAUGACUUUGAUAGAAUUGAAGUGUAUCCUGGCAUUUAUGACGAACAGUUUGAAAUGUCAUCAAAAAUUCCGUUCGAGUUGGUAGGUUGCGGUGAACUUGGAAGCGUAAUACUAGUGGUGUGUAUAGAGCAGACAGCUGUUACUGGAAGAAUUAGUAACCUUGUGUUUAGAGCACCAUGGUUUACAAACUUUAUUUUGAAGGUGAGAUCAGGGUAUCUGCAGGUGGACAACUGUAUCAUGGAGGACGGAAUGGUUUAUGUUCAAAACCCAGGAUCCGUGGCCAUGUCCUUCUGUACAUUUCGACAUGCAACAGUCAUACUACAGCAUGUUAACGCAAGUAUAAUACAAAACUGUGAAUUCUCUCAGACAGAUUCGGCCGCUAUUACUGUGGAGGGAUAUCCGAAGGAUGAUAAAAACUGGACGUUUUGGGCAUUAAAUAACAAGAUAAUGUCAACGUGUACAUUACAGAAGAAACCAGAUCGAAGAAAAAGUGCCGAUUUAUUGAUUCCGAAGUCAGCUUACUCUCUUUCUACUGCAACAAUCCAUAAAAAACCGGGGCAGAAAUUUAGUGGCAUUCACAGACAAAUGUCUAGUGAUACUGACGCUAUUCGGCGCAGACUGUCACAGGAUAUCGGUUCCCAUGACAUCGAAGGUCAUUAUUGUAACAUGUCUCUGCAGUCGCAUGGAACAGCUCUUGAAGGAGCAGUAGGUGGAGCAGAUAUUCAACUGUUACCAAGGCAACAUGCUUCCCAGAGUGCAUCUGGAUCUCAUAAGUCCAAUAUUACCCAUAAUUCAAGAGAUAUCCGUAGCAUUUCUGACAAUGAAGGAGAUGCAAAUGAUAUUAUUCAGUCAGGUACCAUAGCACAUGCACAAAACAGCACUGUGAGCACAAAAAACAUGCUUUCACCUCCAAAGGGUAGCUUAAAUGAUGAUAAAAGUACAAAUUUCCUAGAGCAUCAUAGGGAAAAAUUCAAAAGAAUUGAAAAUUUUGUGUCAGACUGUGCUAAAUAUAGUAACCCUGGUACAUCAGGGGAGAGCACUAUUGGUGAUGAUGAAGAACAUGACCUUGCAAGGUCACAAGUAGGUGAAAGGUCAAACUUUGCAGAAGAUGAUAUUAUUUUUAAGCAGUUUUUAGGCACUAAUCAACAAAAAGAGAAAGAGAAAGAAAAUUCUGAUUCUGAAUCUGACAGUGAUCCAGAUGACGAAAAUAACAGGGUUAAAGUCCCAGCACUUGAUCUGCACUCAUUGACCUCUAAGAAUACCGUAGAUCCAGAUCGUCAUGGUGAUGGAGCACAGGGUGUGGGUGCACACAGGGAGCGUAGUUUAUCAAGUUCAGAAGUUUCUUUGCAUACAGCAAGCAGUAAUGAUGUGUCAGAGGAGGAGGAUGGUGGAAGCUACAACUCUUCUGAUGGAGCCAGCACCACAUCUUCCUCUGAGGAUGAGAGUUUACCAUUAAGUGAUAAUGACAGCGAGUUUUCAUCUAGCGAGGAAUCUGUGAUCAUGUUGACAUACCCAGAGAGACACCAGCCGAGGUCACUCUCAGCACAAAAGGAAUGUGCUGAUGUUGCCUCCAUAAACAGCCAGAACCAGUCUGAACAUAUUGAUAUUAUACAGGACAGUGAUAUGAAACAAGUACUAAGUGAGGUUAGAGGCUGCUUUAUUCAUAAGUGUCGUAUCACUCAGAGUAAAGGUGCUGUCAUGGUCAGUCUGCAGGCUCAUGCGAUUGUCAUGGAAAGUGAAAUAAACAGUGUCGGAUAUGGAAUACGUUGUAUUCAGAAUUCAAGGACUGUAGUACUGAAGAAUGAGAUACACCACUGCAGAACCUCUGGCGUGUUUAUGAGACUGGCUGCAUCCGGUCUGGUUACAGGAAAUGAUAUCCACUCAAACUGUGAGGCUGGCAUUGACAUCAGGAAAAAUGCUGAUCCUAUUGUACAGUGUAAUCGAAUACAUCAUGGUAAGAGAUCCGGAGUUGUGGUUCUUGGAAGUGGGCGUGGCCAGAUCAAACAUAAUGAUAUAUAUCAGAAUAAAGAAGCUGGUGUCUACAUCUUGUAUAGGGGAAAUCCUACUGUCAGCAAUAACCAGAUAUACAGUGGUAGGGCUGCAGGUAUUGCUGUGAACGAGUCUGGAAGAGGAUAUAUUCACAGCAAUGUGAUUACGGGGAACCAGUGGGGAGGUAUUGAUAUUCGCCAUGGAGGGGAACCAAUAAUUCAUCAAAACACUGUUUGCAAUGGUAUAUCGGAUGGUAUAGUGAUUGGAGAAGGCGGGAGGGGAACCAUAGAACACAACAUUAUUACUGGGAAUGCAGGAUGUGGUGUAUGGGUAAUGGCCGCCCAUCAACCAUUGAUACAUGGCAACGAGAUUCACAGCAACAGAGAUACGGGCAUUUGUUUAGUCAAUAGAAUGGAUUCUAGUCAUAAGAAUGAGGCAAUGAUGGUUGAGUCGAAAGACACCCCCAGUCAGCGGAGCCUGGAAUUCCUAGGUGUGGUUACAGAUGAUCAGACUUCCCAACAGCAGAGAACUGUUACCAUGGCAACCAUAGAAUAUAACAAAGUCUUCCAUAAUGAAGGUAAGGGUAUAUCAGUGCAAUUUGGAGAUUCUGUGAUGAUAGAGAACAAUCUGAUACAAGAUAACAAAUCGGACGGUCUCUCAGUCGACCAACCAUUUCCCUCUACAGUGAGGAACAACAGUUUGACAUGUAAUUCUGGUUCAGGAAUCAUUGUGUCUGGUCAGGGAAAGGUUGAUAUCCAUGGCAAUGGUGUCUUUGACAACAAGGAUCAUGGGAUAUGGUGUCAGAGUGAGGUUGAUAUUAUAGAGAAUGAUAUCUUAGGAAAUAAUCGUAGUGCUAUACACUUAUUAAAGUCCAGUAAAGUGAGAAUCAGACAGAAUCGUAUAUACUCCAGCAAAGACUUUUCUAUAUGUCUGGUAGAUAUAAAGAAUUGUGAAGUAGAGGACAAUAUUUUCUAUGGACAGGGAGAUAAAAUUAUCAGUGUGGAUGAUAAAUCACAAUGCAGCAAAAUUAGUAACCAAAUCCUGCCCACACCAGACUGCCAGUCUACACAACCAGUAAGAAAAGACCAGGAGGAUAUGUCUCCCCUAGGGACCACCAGAUGGCAGCUUGUAGACCCCGCCCCUCGACCUCAUAUGACCACACCCCCUCAGGUAUCAUACACGCCCAGUCAGCAUGUCACAAGAAUUACAAGAGUCAGUGUACCAGCUGACAACUGUGAAAGGGGCUCUAGAUUUUGUAUAAUUAUAUGACGAGUACACAUGUACUCUACAUUUAUUUGUCACACACAUUCUAUAAAGGGAUACAUUGUUUUGUUGACAACAAAGCCACAUAUCUUUUUCUUUUGGGGAGUAAUGGGACAUAACAUUCCAUGAGGAGUGGUAUAUAAUACAAAAUGUGAUAUUCUGUAUGGGAAAGAAGUACUAAAAGUUUAUACAUUUUGACAGUCACAUACAAUACAUGCUACAGUCGAAUGGCCAAGGUGACAGGCUUCAUGGCGCUUGCACCUCAUUGCUAUUAGGCAAAG